AUGACGUUGGGUCUCGGAGCUAAGGCCAAGCCUGGACUUGUCAGACUUAGCGACGGGGAGGCACUGAUUGUCAAGGACAACCAGGGUUUCAUGAUCGGCGCCGAUGGCAGGCCUCUAAGGGAACACACUCUGCACUGGCCAAGCCCACCUGAAGAAUUAGCGUAUGUGAAGCCGUAUAUUUUGUCAGCGUUAGCACCUGGAACCGUGCCAGCCCCUUCAGAUGAGAAGAAUACAGCUGCUACUGGCACUCAGAACACUAUGAUACAAUCUCCGGUGGUCCAAAUAUCGUCUUAUCUUACUGCCUCAAACGUCCAGACCCUUCCUUUUCCGCCGCAACUAACGCCAGCACCCACAGGCCCAGCCAGCGCCACCUACACAAUACGGCUCUUAACGCCCUCAACUCUGUCCAGCAAGCCCUCAAUAUAUCUCGUUGCUACUCCAACAGACCGUACCGCUGCCAAUUCCGAGGGUAGCUCAAUAUGGCAGCUACGCAUGCGCUCAUGGAUGGACCAGAUCGACGAGUUGGUUACCAGUGGCCUCUACGCUGAAGCACUAUCGCUUCUCCAUACCCUAGAUGUGUCAAUAUUACCCGAUAGGGACCAACGUCAAACCAAGAUUCGGGCGCUGUACGCUGUCUCGCAGUUUCGCGCAGGGAAGUAUGACGAUGCCAUCAACACGUUCCUGGAGCUGGACCUAAACCCAGCGAAAGUAGUUGCUCUCUAUCCAGAGAGCGUUGCUGGCAGACUAUCAGUGCCCCAAGAUGAAUGGAUACCCCUCUUUGGAGGUCCUUCAAACCCCAAACCUGCGGAGAACGAUGACGCCAAAUCUACGAAUUCGACAGAUACAGGGAACGCAAAUGGCGGGAAAGAGAAGUCGUUAACAGCUGCAUUGGAAAGAUCACCUUCUCCGACUGGAUCGCUGCGCGCAAAAUCGAAGUCGACCUUUGCUUCAUUGCUACCGUCUAUGGCAAAAGACGAUGAUACCGCGUCUAUAAGUGGGAGAAGACCGAAGAAACCAAUCGAUGAAUUCAGUCGUUCUGUGGAUGCAUUAUGGCGGUACUUGACCGACCGCCGGCCAAAAGUAGCACCCGCUCUUGAAGCCGUCAAUAUCACCUCUGCCCAGUCACAUAGCCUGCCCUUCCUUUCAGAGACGUCCGUAGACGACUUGUUUGCCAUUCCUAAUGUCCCCCUCUCGUCCCUUACCCCUGAGCAGCUCAUCCGUUUUGCUCAAAUUGUUGACACUGCACUGUUCAAAUCGUACCUACAAACACGCCCGUCCAUGCUUGGACCUCUUUGCCGAGUUCCGAACUGGUGUGAAGUGUCUGAGGUGGAAGAAGAACUGCGAGCCCGUGGGAAAUUUUCGGAGCUUAUCGACCUGUAUCAUGGAAAGAAGAUGCACUCCAAAGCUUUGUCACUAUUGAAAGAUUUGAGCUCCAAGGAAGAUGAUCCCCGAGACAAGCUCAGCCCAUCCAUCGCAUAUCUUAGAAAGCUGGGUCCCGAGCAUCAGGAUCAGGUUUUCGAAUGGUCACGCUGGAUAUUCGACGAAGAUAAGGAACAAGCAUUCGAGAUUUUCACCUCGGAUGACGUUGAGCUACCUUUUGAAGUAGUCACCGAUUAUCUCGAGAAAAUUGACCCGAGGUUGGCCGCACGGUAUAUUGAAUAUGUCAUUGACGAGAAGAGCGAGGAGGGAUCGCAUUUCCACAAUCGGCUCGCAGAACUCUACUUGACCAUCACGGUGGCUGCUCGGAAACGGAAAGAUGAAGAUACUCGGUUGACUUUCUACGAGAAACUGCUCACUUUCUUGGACAGCACUUUCUCCUAUCAGCCGGACAGAUUGUACGGGCACAUUCCUGAUGAUCUGUAUGAGGCACGGGCAAUUCUACUUGGGCGCAUGGGCCGCCAUGGGCAUGCGCUCGAGCUCUACGUUUACAGAUUGCGGGACUACCCCAAAGCCGAAGACUAUUGUAAGCGCAUAUAUGCGGCGGGCCCUGAAACGGCGAACAUAUUCCUUACCUUGUUACGAAUAUACCUUCGUCCGACGGUCAAGACGUCGGCGGAUCUACUGAAGCCCGCUCUGGACCUGAUUAGCCGCCACAGUCCGCGAUUAGACUCGGUCGAAACGCUGCAGCUCCUUCCUCCUCUGGUCACAGCCAAGGAUGUCCGUCCCUAUCUGUUCGACGCGCUCCGUGCACCUAUAUUUGAUACCCAUGUCGUGCGAGACAUCCACAAGGCCCACGCCGAGAGCGUUGCCCAGAAGUUGAUGUUGUUGGAAUCGCGGCGCGUGAGGAUCACCGACAGUCGGAUAUGUCCCCACUGCCACAAACGCAUUGGUAACAGUGUUAUUGCGGUGCAUGCCCCUAGGGGCGAGGUGACGCAUUAUCAGUGUCGCGAAGCAUUCUCGCGAAAACUGACGGACUCGCUGCGGAGAUAG